AUGUCCGACACCAUUCAAGAACUCGCCGAUAUCCCUCGCGACUUCCUUCGGGAUGGCAUGCUGUUCGUGCGCAGAUGCACCAAGCCCGACAAGCGUGAAUUCAUCAAGAUCAGCCAAGCUGUAGGCAUGGGCUUCAUCAUCAUGGGUGGUCAGUUUUCCUACUUAUAG